CUGCGUGCUCCUCCGGCCUUGGGGCGCCUGCUUCUUGCGCUGUGCUCGCCGAUGCGACCCUUGCGGUAUGCGGCUGCUUUGGCAGAGAGCUCGUGAAGGAUUUCAUUGAGUGUGAAGACAGAGAGCAGAGACAGAAAAGAGAAGAAGGCGGCCGCUGCCUUUGUAGUCUGGCUGGAAUGCGGAAAUGUUGAAGCACUAUGUCAAACUUUUUUGAAACGGGGUCAAAUCACAUUCAGCCAGCGUGGGAAACCAAGGGGGGAAAAAAGUAGAGGCGAGGUGGGGGGAAACUCUUUUGCUCCUGCUGCUGGUGUCAAACCGAGCUCAGGAACCGAGAGAGAGAGAGAGAGAGAGAGAGAGAGAGAAACUGGGACUGCGUGGAGAGGCGGCGGCGGCGGCGGCGUGCAGAGCUAACGCGGAGCCUUGCACUCGGGAGACUGUUCGUUGCAAGGCUUUGAUCAGCCCCGAAAAUUUAGCAGCGCCUCUUUCACUCUUUCCCCAAAGAGGGGGAGGGGAUCUCAGCGCUUUAAGGUGUAGCCUGCCCUCCCGGCUGGCAGGAAGAUGCGAACGCGGGGCAGCGAUAGAGCUUCGGAGUUGCUGCUGCCACUACCUGUGUGGCCCCAGUCGCGGCUGCUGGGCUCCGCUCGUGGAAGCUCAGCCUCCCCUGUCACCAUGUGAACUCUUCGAAUCCGGAUCUGCUGCGUGUCUCCUUAUUUUCACGGGAAGCGGAAUUUAAAAAAAAAAAAAAAACAGAAAAGACUCUCCAUUGUUUUUCCUGCUUCACCAGGUCUUUGCUUUUCAUCUUUUUCUUUUUAACUAUUUUUAACCCCUGUCUUGCUGGAGACCACUCAAGUGGUAACUUCUUCAGAACAGCCGAAGUGCGCCUGAGCAAUUCCAGGGGAGCGCUUUGGGGUGGUCCUUGUGCGAUCGCCGGAGCUUCUACAGAGAACCGCGUUUGGUGUCCGCGUGGGAUUUUCAUGGACAUGGUUGAGCCGUCUUAGCCGUGGCCAAACCGCCGCGAGCGCUCCGCAUGGAACUACGCAUCAUACAACCAUCCCCGGGCUGCAUGCGUGGCCGCCUCCGACAAUCGAAAACGGUAUUGCCUGAGCCCCCGCCCCUUGACGACCUCCAACAUGGAGCCGCCUCAGUUUCCCAUCUUCCAGCCUCGCACAUCUGAGGCCGCCUGGACAGUGGGGGCGACUUCCAUCCCAGAAGCACUCGGCGCCUCCGCUCUCUCAUUGAAUUGGGUUUACACAGAGAUUUAUUCCAAAGACCAUUCACCAGCUAAGCAAUAAAACAACCACAGUUUAUUACUACAGUUCUUGAAUGUUACAUUCUGUUGACUGGCCCAUCAGUAAUUGUUCUGAAUACUUGUUGAAGUAGCAGAAAAGGCAUUUUGGCAAUUGGAAUCCAGGUCAACAGAUUCAACAAUUAAAACAUCAGGCAACAAUUUGUGAAGAAGGAAAGCCGUGAAGUCAUGGAUAAGGACAACAUGAGCCUAGCUGACCAGCAGUAUGAAUGUGUGGCGGAAAUUGGUGAAGGAGCCUAUGGGAAAGUGUUCAAGGCUCGAGACUUGAAGAAUGGAGGGCGCUUUGUAGCACUGAAGAGGGUGCGAGUGCAGACCAGCGAGGAAGGAAUGCCGCUUUCCACUAUACGCGAGGUGGCAGUCUUGAAGCAUCUGGAAACAUUUGAGCAUCCUAACGUGGUCAGAUUAUUUGAUGUAUGCACAGUAUCCCGAACUGAACGAGAGACGAAGUUAACACUGGUGUUUGAACAUGUUGAUCAAGACUUGACCACUUACUUGAAUAAAGUUCCAGAACCCGGUGUUCCUAGUGAAACUAUAAAGGAUAUGAUGUUUCAGCUGCUGAGAGGCCUUGAUUUUCUACAUUCACACAGAGUGGUCCACCGUGAUUUAAAGCCCCAAAACAUUCUAGUCACCAGCAGUGGACAAAUAAAAUUAGCUGACUUUGGCCUUGCACGAAUCUAUAGUUUUCAGAUGGCUCUUACUUCUGUGGUUGUUACUCUGUGGUACCGAGCUCCUGAAGUUCUGCUUCAAUCCAGUUAUGCAACACCAGUUGAUCUUUGGAGUGUAGGUUGCAUAUUUGCAGAAAUGUUCCGUCGCAAGCCACUUUUCCGUGGAAACUCUGAUGUUGAUCAGCUGGGAAAAAUCUUUGAAGUAAUUGGUCUUCCUGAAGAAGAAGAUUGGCCUAUUGAUGUUGCCCUCCCAAGGAAUGCUUUUGCCUCUCAAUCCCCACAGCCCAUUGAACUUCUUGUAACAGAUAUUGAUGAACUGGGCAAAGACUUGCUAAUUAAAUGUUUGGCAUUCAAUCCUAUGAAGAGAAUAUCAGCUUAUGAUGCCUUAACCCAUCCUUAUUUUCAUGACUUGGAGAAAUGCAAAGAGAAUACAGAUUCUGAUGUGUCCUCCAGUCAAAACUCCACAGAGAUGAAUUCACUGUAAGGCUUUAUCAGGCUAAUCUAAGGAUGAACAAAGUAGUUUGAUAAGAUCACUGUUAAAGGUAAAAGGCAUCAUUGCAUGUUUGAAAACUUUACUGAAUACUUCACAUAAUUGUGUAGUUCUUCAAAAUGAUGCUCUGCCUCUCCAAGGAAAAGAACCUAGUUAGGCAUGUUUUGACAAUGAAGCAAUGCAAGAUACAAAAACUUUAAAUGAGUUCCACUGUAGUUUGUUGUUUGUUAGUCUAUCUGGAAAUCUACAGAAUGAGAGAAGCUGUUGAUCAGUUUUGCUGCCUUUUUCUUCUAGUGUUGAAUGGUGCCACCUUGGAUUAGAAGAAUUCAGUCUGUCUACCAAAAUAUGACUUGAUUUCUGUUUCUGGGUGCUGAAGUUUGACUUGAUGCUCCUCUGGGAGUUAUGGUGUAGUUUGUUUUGCUGUUUAUUUUCUUGAUCAUGAAUUCAGAAAUAUUUUUGAAGUAAUAUUUAAAAGAGUGACAUUUGAAUCUCUACCCUAAAGUUAAGAGAAAAAUGUAAAAGAUACAUCUGGCUAUUAUAAUCCACCUUAAUAAGAGAUGGAAGAUGAUAACAUUUUAUUGUGUCUGUGACUUAAUCUUCAAAUAUUAAUAAUAUACAUUUGGUAAAAGGAACAGAUGGUUUUAAAGAAAUUAAUUUGCACGGAUCAUUCUAAAUUUAUGUCAGUCACUGCACAACAUUUCAUCUUUAUCUGUUCUGGUGGUACACUUCUAUGACUUUGGAAAUUAUGAAUUUCAGUUUUAUCAUUUUCAGAUUCAAGGAUGAAAUAAGAAAAAAUUAAGUGUUCAUAUAUACACCUAAUUUUGCUUACCCACAUAUGUACAAUGUGUACAUAAACUAAAAUGGCAACCUGAAAAUAUCUUCUCCAAAAUAAGCCCUGUCAGAUUUAGUGAGCUGUGUAUAGAAUUGAAUCUGUAAUAAGUUAUAAACUAUUCCCACUUAUUUGAGACUAAACCCCCAUUGAAUCCCAUUCUGCAGAGUACAUACACACAAACAUAAAAAAAAUCUGCAGUCCUGUGCGUUUUUCUCUUGAGAGUAAAUUAUUCUGAACAAAAUGUGCUAUAUUCAACUGCAGAUAUAUAAAAAGCUGGUCUUUUGAAAUCUCUGGAACAAUAAAGUAUGAGUAAAAUCCACAGGGAUAAUAAUGAAAGUACUGUAUGGCAGUGUAAAUAUGAAUCUAAUUUACUGAAACUCACUUCUACUUAAACAUGCAUUGGAUUAUGCAAUGAGAAAAUAGGUGCUCAUAGCUGACAUUCAAGCCUGUAUGUCAUGAUUGCAAUUAACUUAGGCACCUUCACAUUUGCUUCAAGUUUGCUUCCAGUCUGACAGUUUAUAUAAUUCAAUAGAUUUUAUUUUUCUAUAUGAAAAUAUUAGAAAACCGUACUUGUUGACAUUGCUCUGCCCUACUUUGCCUUUCACAUUUGCUUUAUCAAAAAGCCAACUUCAUGAAUAAGUCACAUGGAUAUGUUAGCACAAAUAUUUUAAAUCUUGCAUUAUAUGUCUGUAUGUUUUAGAGUUUUUGUAAAAAAAAUAGAAUUUUAAAAAGAAAAUUUAUUUUUGUAGCAUGGUUUGAUGAAAUAUUCUUAAUCCACUUCUCUUUUGGUUGUCUUAGUGUGACUCUAAUAUAGCUCCAGUGCCAAUAUAUUAAUGGUUGCAACAAAUCAGAAGAUACAGGUGCUAUUGGAACUAAUCAAUGGAUUAUACUCUUAUCUAUUAUAAUUGUUGCUCUGCUAUCUAAUUCUUUUCUGUUUAUUGAGUUGUAUCAAUCAUUUGUUUAUACUUUGAAUGUUAAUUCCUGGAAUAAGUCCCCAAUAUUUUCCUGUAUAAUACUCAUUCAUUUGUCCCUUAUAUAAGGGAUGAAAAAGUGCAUGUAUCUAAAAAUUCAGGAUUGCAUUUGAUUUGUUUUCCUAGGUGGUAUAUUCUCAAUACUUUGUUCUCAGUGGGACACAGGAAGGUUCAUGUGAAUAUCCCUUUGUUAUUGGUUUUACCAGUCUAAUGCCCUUUGGUUGUGUUGAGCCUACAAUUGUCUAAAUUACUAAACAAAAUGCCCUGCUAUGGAGGUUUCUCACAAUUUGCAUACCUAUUUCAAAUCAUUUUCUAGAAAUAGAAAUUCUGCUAUGCUGACAUUUUGCAUUUAUCUUGAACUUCUGUAGAGUAACCCCAUGAUCAUUGGUUUUAAGUUACAACUAUUGUAAUCCUGAAUGAAUUUAAAAGAAUUUAGUGUUUUAUGGGAAUAUCAAUGAGAUUAUUUCAGACUAAGCAACAGUAUGGUAUGUCAUACUUCACAAAUAUGAGCAGUUCAAAUAGCCUAUUAUAUUUCCAAUUUUUACAUUGUGGAGAUGCAUUGAAGCUGACCAAAAGAAAUACUGAAGAACAACUUGUUAAAAGGCAGAACAUAUGCUUUGCAUGUUGAAAAUCCAAUAUUAUAUUUCUGAUAGAUAGUUAUAAACAGUGGUGGGAUUCAGCCAGUUCGCACUGGUUUGGUAGAACCGGUAGCUAAUUUUUUGUUGACUUUGGCAAACCAGCUGAUGGCCUAGCCCUUUUUCACAAGGCUCAGAAUGGACCACCAGAAGUAUGUGGACGCCACUUCCAGAAGUCUGUUCUGAGCCUGGGAGGCUUCCCCCAGGCCUCCAAGGCUCAGAACAGACUUCUGGAAGUAGCAUCCACGCAUUUGGUGGCCAUUCUGGGCCUGGGAGGUCUCCCCAGCUGAGAAUGGACUUCUGGAAGUGGCAUCUACACAAAGAACCAGUUCUUUGGGUAUUUGAAUCCCAUCACUGGUUAGAAAGGACAAACCUUGAACUUUGAAUAGUUGAUUUAACUUUAACACAAAUAGUAUAGACUAGAUAAAUUAAUAGUUGAAUAUGGUUAAAUAUAGUAUCCUCUGUUCUUCUUUAGAUAUGUUUCUACCCUCCUUGAUGAAUCCUAGUUACUGCAUCUAUAUCAUACAGAUCUAAGCUGAACAUCUAAUUGCUUCUCUUAGUUUCAAGAUACUAUCUUUAAAAAUAUGCAAAUGUUUGUUCUGCUAUUCUUGCUCCAACUAUGUGCAAUAGAAAUUUUUCAACUUUAUGUAUAUCUGUUCGUUUAGGUUUGGCAUAGACUUAGCUCAGGGAAUACCUGCAGAAGAAUCUGUCCUGCCUCCAGUUCAGUUCCUUGGCUCUGAUCCAAAGGACUUGCCUUAAAACUCAGAGGGGCUUGCAGUUUCCAGCAGAAUUUUUCACUUUUUCAUUUCUGACCACAAUUCCUUAGGCUGUGACAGAAGACCCUCUGAGAAGUUUUGAGGUAGAAGUGACUCAAAACCUUGCUGCACAUUUGGAGUCCACAAUUUAUAGCUCUUUGGAUUGGUCUAAAGAGCAAUAGAUCGGAUGCUGAGAAAAAAAUCUUCUGGCAAAAUCUUCUUGCAGCAUGAUAGGAGUGUUUUGUGUAUUGUGUGUGUAUUGCAGCCUACACCAGCUACACUGUUCACCAGCACACCAUAAAAUGUUUGUCUUGUUUAUGAGAAUUGUUUCAGUUAGCUAGUCUCAUUUCUAACAGGAAUGUGGGGACAUUGAAUAUACCACUGUAUUUAACAUUAUUCUGCUUUCUUGAUUUGGCCUGAAUGUAUGCUUACAUAGCCAAAAUAAUGCAAUUCAAAGUUUCCAGUCUAAGAUAACAUGUAAUGGGUUCUAGCAUUUUCGAUUCUAUUGCAAGAUAUUACAUUGAAGUUUAUCUUUAGUACCUUUUAUUAUAGCCUCUUGGAUAGCGAUAUAUUUCAAGCUGGUUCUGCUUGCUGUCAGCCAUUUUCACAUGACUAUUCCUAUUCCUAAAAGUUAUCUACUCAUGUAUAUAUUUUGUUACUUGUUUAUAUAAAAUACGCAUACAUUAUUCACAUGUUACAUUGUACAGAUUUCUUGGCUGCUAGAAAUUACAAUUACUUUAAAAUGUAGGAUAAUCCAGAAAGAUACAAUCUCAGGUAUCUUUGCAAUUAACAGUAUCUAUUUUAUAGCUUAUAUAUUUUAUCAUAUUACAUAUAAAUUCAUCCAGUAAUAUAAUCCAAUACACAACAUAUUGAGUUUGAAAAAGUUAAGCAAAUUUACAGUGUUUUUAAAAAGCUUUUAGCUAGUGCUCUUUUAAUGAGAUUUGCUAGCAUUUCUAAAAUUUCUAGUUUAGAAAUUUUCUACCUUACAUGAUGUCAGGAUAGAUUAACCACACAUAUUUAAUUAAAUCAUCAUAAACUAUCUUUUAUUCAUUAUAUUUCACUUAAUUAACAUAUAGAUAUAAUUUUAGUUGCAGAACACAUGGAAAUAACAAACUAAAUGAAGUGAGUAAGAGUCAGGAUUUCAGAAAACAGUGGAUGUUGGUCUGCAGAAAUUUCAACUAUACUGAAGGAGACUUCAGCAUACUCUUAAAUUUAAGCAUCCGUCUGAUUAAUUAGGAACAGGAAAUAGCAUGUAGAUGAGAGAACUGUAGGUAGGUAAGAGAAUGGAAAUAUGCUAUCACCCUUCUUUUUCCAGUAUAGAAACCAAGCAGGAAAAGCAGUAGCUGCUGGAAGUCACUCAAAGCUUAAAUCUCCUCUGUCAGCUCACCAAAAGCUAA